UCAAAAUGAGCCAAAUACAAACAAAAUCUAGUCUAGUCUAGUAAUUUCCAAAGAAAAAAAAAAACUAGUUGAAUUUUUCUCUUUCUUCAAUACGCACCGUUUUCUUCUUCAUUUUCUUUUAUCUUUCUUCAAAACCCUAAUUUUUGAACAAAGGAAAAAAAGAGGGAAAGAAAGAGAGAAACCCUAGAAUGGACGAAGACGGAGAGCACGGUGGCGAUCAAUUCUAUCGCAACGAAGCUAUAUCUGCCGUCGCCGACGAUGGUUUCAUGGCCGAAGAAGAUGAAGAUUACGAGGAUCUUUACAACGAUGUUAAUGUUGGUGAGGGUUUUCGUCAAUCUUUGCAAAAAACCGAGCUUUCAGAAGUUAAAAUUGAGGCCGUUGAAGAAAAGAAGCUUCCUCCACCACCACCGUUGCCACUGCCGCCGCCACCACCACCGCUGACAGCUCACGGUGUAGGUGGGGUUUCUGCGUUUCAGAAUCAAGAGCUUAUAGGGAAUGAAGUGGGUGUUCAAGGAGGUGGGAUUAGGGUUGAAUUAGGGCAAAAAGCUGCUACCUUGAGUGGGAUUGGGGAACAGGGUGGUAAUACUGGGGUUGAGUUGCAGGGGAUUAUUGGGCAACAACAGCAACCACCACUUGGUGUUGGUGGUUUUGUUGGGGGUGUUGGAAAUGAUGGGUUGAUGAGACAAGGUCAAGGUGGGGGUGUUGGUGGAGGAAGUGGGGGUGCAGGAGGUGGUGGAGGAAGUACUGUAUUGUUUGUGGGUGAUUUGCAUUGGUGGACUACUGAUGCUGAUUUGGAAGCUGAGCUUUGUAAGUAUGGACAAGUGAAGGAUGUGAGGUUUUUCGACGAGAAAGCUAGUGGGAAAUCGAAAGGGUACUGUCAGGUUGAGUUCUAUGAUCCUUUAGCUACAACUGCUUGUAAGGAAGGGAUGAAUGGUCAUUUGUUCAAUGGCAGGCCGUGUGUUGUAUCUUAUGCGAAUCCUUAUACUGUUAAGAAAAUGGGAGAGGCUUUGAAUAAUAGGAAUCAACCGAUGAACCCAACUGCCGGGGCGAACCAGGGAAGGAGAGGACCUGCGGAGGUUGGAGGGGUUAAGCCGGGUGGUGGUAACGUUGGGACAGGUGGUAACUACCAAGGUGGAGAUGGGAAUAAUAAUAAUAAUAAUAAUAGUAAUAAUAAUAAUAAUAGAGGUAGUGGAAGAGGCAAUUGGGGGAGAGGGAACAAUCCUGGGAUGGGGAACAGAGGACAUGGUAAUCCGAUGAGGAAUCGGGGUGGUGGGAUGGGUGGUAGAGGUAUGAUUGGUAAUGCUGGAAAUGGAUAUGGACCUGGUAUUGGUGCUGGCCCGCCUAUGAUGCAUCCGGGUUUUGAUCCUUCAUUUGGUGGUCCCAUUGGUCGAGUGGGUGGCUAUGCAGGCUAUCCCGGUGGCCCGACACCUCCGUUCUCUGGUAUGAUGCCUUCAUACCCUGGCAUGCAUGGAGUAGCACCUCAUGUUAAUCCUGGCUUUUUUGGAAGAGGGAUGCAUAUGAAUGCUAUAGGGAUGAUCCCACCAUCAGGCAUGGAUGGUCCUAAUAUGGGAAUGUGGCCGGAUCCAAAUAUGGGUGGAUGGGGUGGUGAUGAACUCGGUGGUGGCAAGGUUGCAGAGUCAAGUUAUGGGGAGGAAGCCGCAUCCGACCAUCAGUAUGGUGAGGUGAAUCCUGAUAGAGCUGGGUGGCAGAAUACUAUGAGGGAAAAAGAUAGAGGAUCCGAAAGGGACUGGUCCGGUUCUUCUGAGCGAAGGUACAGGGAUGAUAGAGAUCAAGGGUAUGAGAGAGAUGUACCUAGAGAAAAAGAUGCUGGACAUGAUCCUGAAUGGCCAGAAAGAAAGCACCGUGAUGAUAGAGAGGUGGUUCGUGAACGAUCUCGUGACCGUGACCGUGGUCGGGAAAAGUCUCGAGAUCGCGAGCGCGAAAGGGGGGAUCGAGAUCGUGAGCGGGACAGAUACAGGGAAGAUAGGGACAGAUAUGCUGAUCAUCAUAGGUACAGAGACCGUGAACCAGAGCACGAUGAGGAGUGGGAACGGGGGAGAUCGUCUAGAACUCACAGUAAAUCAAGAUUAUCACAGGAUGAGGAACACCAUUCUAGGUCAAAAGAUGCUGAUUAUGGAAAGAGGAGGCGACUGACCUCUGAGUAAUACUUUCCCUUGAGGGAGGGAAGAGUAGUUGCUGAAAAAUCAGGAUUUGUCAUGGUUGUUUAGGUUUUCUGGUGGUGCUCCUUCGACCUAGAAGUUGUUGAUCAGCUGCUAUUUCAUUCACUUGUUCCAGUUGCAUAUUGCCAGGAGUGUGUUUCUGCUCUCCUAUGGAAAUGGGACAAUUGUUUGAGAAACGAGACUGUUCAUCUAAACCUCUGGGUUGCUUUGAGGGUCAAGUGCCAUCGAUAUUGAAGAGCCAAGUCAUGACAAUCCUUUUUCUUACAUUGAGAGUUGGAACUUUUGCUAUGAAGAUAUUCACUUAUGAUUUGAAUUUAUGUUUUUAUUAGCUCUUGAUUAAACCAAUGUUGUUGAUGUAAUGGGCUUAACUUGUCGAAGUCUGAAAUGUUGCAGACUAUUUAACUUGAUUGUUUGAAUGAUGUACUAGGAUUUAGUUGAGGAUGUUGAUUAUGUGCCGUUUUUUUAUUGGCUCUUGUUGUUGUAUCAUAUUUUCACACCAUCCAUUUUUUGUUUUGACCCUGACAGUUAGUUAGUAUACCGGUUGAGCAUGCCAAUUUUGUGUAUUAUGAUGUAGAGAGCUAACCAUUCAAUUACUGUAAAGCUGGAGAAUUGUAUAUAUCACUUUCUCUUUGUAUAUAAAUGAUAUGUACUUCUCUGA